AUGCCGAAGUCACAAACGGACCAUGUCUAGCGGUUCUGCUGAUUAUCACAGCUCUAGAGAUCGAGACCAUGGAGGGCCGGAAGGAAUGGAGCCUGAUGGUGUCAUCGAGAGCAACUGGAACGAGAUCACGGAUAACUUCGAUGAUAUGAACUUGAAGGAGACGCUUCUUCGAGGGAUUUACGCUUAUGGUUUUGAGAAGCCUUCAGCAAUUCAGCAACGGGCAAUUAUUCCUUGCAUUAAAGGAUACGAUGUUAUUGCUCAAGCCCAGUCCGGCACUGGCAAAACGGCCACGUUUGCCAUCUCUAUCCUCCAGCAGCUGGAGAUUGAGCAGAAAGAGACUCAGGCUCUGGUCCUGGCGCCGACCCGAGAGCUUGCUCAGCAGAUUCAGAAGGUCAUCUUGGCCUUGGGCGACUACAUGGGUGCUUCGUGCCACGCCUGCAUCGGCGGCACCAACGUGCGCAACGAGAUGCAGAAGCUUCAGGCCGAAGCGCCGCACAUCGUCGUGGGGACUCCGGGCCGUGUGUUCGACAUGCUGAACCGAAGGUUCCUGUCUCCCAAGUGGAUCAAAAUGUUCGUCCUGGACGAAGCCGAUGAGAUGCUGAGCCGUGGCUUCAAGGAUCAGAUCUACGAGAUCUUCCAGAAGUUAAGCACAAACAUUCAGGUUGUGCUGCUCUCGGCCACCAUGCCGGCAGAGGUCUUGGACGUCACCACGAAGUUCAUGCGUGAGCCGGUGCGCAUCCUGGUGAAGAAAGAGGAGCUUACCCUAGAGGGUAUCAAGCAGUUCUACAUCAAUGUAGAAAGAGAGGAAUGGAAGUUAGACACGCUCUGCGAUCUGUACGAGACCCUGACGAUCACCCAGGCCGUCAUCUUUUUGAAUACGAGAAGAAAGGUGGACUGGCUGACGGAGAAGAUGCACGCUAGAGACUUCACCGUGUCCGCACUGCAUGGAGACAUGGAUCAGAAGGAGCGUGAUAUCAUUAUGAGGGAGUUCAGGUCUGGAUCCAGCCGGGUCCUCAUCACUACAGAUUUGUUGGCCCGUGGUAUCGACGUGCAACAGGUUUCACUGGUCAUCAAUUACGACCUUCCAACCAACCGAGAGAACUACAUUCACAGGAUUGGUCGCGGCGGGCGUUUCGGCAGGAAAGGCGUGGCCAUAAACUUCGUUACGGAAGAGGACAAACGUAUCCUGCGGGACAUCGAGACGUUUUACAACACGACCGUGGAGGAGAUGCCCAUGAACGUAGCCGACCUGAUUUAGACGGCCGCGGGGGGGGACAGCUAUCGAACGAGCACUUGCAUUUGCGCUUCUUUUAUCGGACGAUUUUUAAGCCCGUUUCUCCUCGAUGCCGGCUGCGGAUCAGACUGGCCGAUUCGAAACGACACGUGACGUGACUUUUAUUUCCUGCGUGGACGCCUGUAGACGCUUUAUCGGCCCCUCCGCCGGUAGCCGCGUUUAUAGAAAAUGGGUUCUCCGAGUGUGUUCCUGAUCAGGUAUCUCCUCCCUCGUGUGUUCAAAAUGUACCUGUUAGAUGUUCUUCACCGUUUAGUCAUUUACUUGUGGACUAAAAGAUACAAGUGCUGCAUCAAGUCUGCCAAUUAUGUUAUGCUAACAUACGUGUGCAGUUUAACUCGGCUCCUUCUCCCUUUUUACUCCCAUAUCGAUACGGCGGACGCACUUUUCCGGUUGAAUGUAUUAAUUUAAAUGUAGAUUAUCGAGUACUACUUUGUGUCGAGUCCUCUUCAGAGAUGAGUCUUAACAUUUCAGGCUGAUGUUUCUUGUGGUGUUUGGCUCAUUGGACAAUAAAGAGGAUAACUCUA